AGACGACGACUUUGUCUACUUCACCGUCACUUUUUUGGCUUUUGCUCUCUUUCUCUCUUCUCAACUCUCAGCUCUGCAGUCUCUUGCCACCCAUUUUCAUCAUCUUCUUCUUCUACCUCAAGAAUUUGCCUUUUUCUUUCCAAAACUCAACAUGGGCUCAAGCGCCAGUCGCCGUAUAUCUCCGCCGUCAGAACCAUCAUCAUCAAGAAAACCAUCUGGGCCAGGGUCUAAACUCAAGAGCACCAAGUUUAAGCUCCCAUCUUUCCUCAUCUGUGGUUCCUCUUCUUCUCGAUUACCAAUUGAGUUUGAUGAUUAUCCAAGGGGAUCACCAACAAUCAAUUCUGUGGAAAAUCUGACUCCUGAUAGUUUUUCGGAUUCAAUAGCACAAUCUUCUACAAUAUUUGGUUCAGAAGCUGGGUACACAAGUUCUGAACUUGAGACUGCAACUCCAUCAAGCAGCAAUGCCACUACUCAGAAUGCCUCUCUAGAAUAUGCUAUGCCAGAUAGAGAAGCUAGUGGCCAUCAGACAUGUCAUUCAAACCAUACAGAUUUAGUUCCCAAUCAGGCAUCUCAAAGUGUGAUCCCUGCAAAUGUGAGCAUUUCAGAAAAUGAACAUGGGAGAAAUGUUGCUCAAGAGGGCAGAAAUUCAUCUCCAGAUGGCAAUUGUUUUGAAAAUCAUGAGGUUGCAGUUCUGGGUUCUGAGAUUUCUGAUUCUAGGUCCCUUGCUUCUGCCCUUGAUCCUUUAGGAAGUCUUCUUCUGUCUGGUAACAGUAAUGCUGAAAUGGACACGCCUUCCAGUUCAAGAUUUCGUAUGUCAGGUAGUGAGCAAGAUCUUGGAAGAGGAGAUUUGCUUCAUCUUGAUGUGGUGAGUAUCCCUUCCAAUAUUUUAUCUAGUAGCAUUGCUGAAAUAAGUAGCAGUCAAGCAAGAAGGAACAAUAGGAGGCUAUAUUGGGAAGCUUUAUCAAGACGAAGUUUUAGCAGGAUUAGUGAUUCCCCAACCAUAGUUUUCGCCACAGGUCCUGCUGAUGAUCUAGGAUCUGAGGACAGAUGGCUUCUUAAUUUGAGUGGUGAUCUCCAUUAUGAUGGUGUAUUUCAUGAUUCUGUUUACCUGGGUGCUAGAAGUAAUUUCAGAAGUGGUCGAAGAUGGCUCUUAAGAUCUGAGAUUUCAGAAAGAGUUCUUGGCCAUGGUGAGGGAGGGCGACGAACUGAUUUUUGUGCAUCUGGUCUUCAUCCUGACGGUACAUGCUCCUGUGAUUCAUUCUUCUCAGCUGAAGAGUCUGGUACUCUUGCAAGUAUUUCACGAAUUAUCAUGCUCGCUGAAGCUCUGUUUGAGGUUUUGGAUGAGAUUCAUCGGCAGCCGUUAUCACUCUCACUGUCAAUGCUUACACUCCCAGCUCCAGAGUCGGUUGUAGACUCAUUUCCUCUCAAAUAUCACACAAAAGUAGACGCAACUGCAACCAGGCCAGGCGAUACGCCACAGUGCUACAUUUGUUUGGCCGAGUACGAGGAAGGGGACAAAUUAAGGGUUCUUCCCUGCAAACACGAAUACCAUAUGCCUUGUAUUGAUAAAUGGCUAAAAGAAAUAAAUAGGGUAUGCCCCCUCUGCAGAUGCAAUGUCUGUGAAGAUCCAGAGCAAGAUUCUGUUACAAAUAAUGGAAUACCCUCUCAAUGAUACAACUGUAAAUAGAUAUCUACACAUGUAUAAUCAUAAACGUAAAGUAUGACAGCUUACAUUUCUAUCUACCUAAGCUGAAAAAAUGAUCUUUUAUGUGUACUAGAUGAUAUAAGCCAAUGAAUGUAAUUCCAUGGGCUAAAGCUUUUUCUAUCUUCU